UGCCACAGAAGUUAAUUGUUGCUUGUGCUGCCAAAUCGCGACGAUUUUGUAAAAAUGUCUUUUUCCGCCAUUGGUGAUUGCCAAUUAAUUUCGCAAAUAUAUCAAUACAAGAAGCACCGCGUCGCUUGCAGCGUCAAAGUUCUGCCGACACCUGUGACCCAUUUUGAGCGGGAAUCGCAGAAUGUAUUUCACUGGAUGACCGCAGACCGCUGGGACAGGAUUGAAAAUGGCCUGUGGCGCCUGUUGGAGAACUUGAAAAACUGGCAGGAUGCCCACAAGCUGCAGCGCGAGUUGCUGAUCGAUCAUAUCAAUGUGCAGGUCCAGGCCACCGACAAACCGCAUCCUGCCACGAUGACCCUACUGGCGGCUGGUCAGGAGCUGACCCCCAAGGAUCUCUGCCUGGACAUCCAGCUGCAAUACAUCUCGCACGAGGACAAGACCAUAGUGGGCGUCCACACCACCAAGCGCAAACAUGCCACGAAGUCAGAAGCCAACGGCUCCGGCCACAGCAUCAUUUCCAAUAAGGCCAACAAGGCGACCACCUUGGGAUCGGGAUCCAAGCCAAAAGCUGGUGUGCCAGAUAAAGCCUCACAAUCAAAGCCCAAGCACAUAGAUGCCGACGACGACAGUGAUUUUUUGUCCUCGGACACAAAACCGCCAGCCAUCAAACGCGAGCGCAGAUCCAUUUCUCAUGGUGGCGAGAAGGAGAAGUCUUCCAGUAGCGCCAGUAGCUCCUCUCAACAGGGAAAACCCCUCAAGCGAUCGAAGAGUCCACUAGAAAGAAGUUCCAGAGCCAGCUCUGUCGAGUCCAAGCCUGCACGCCGCUCCGGCCGAUCACCAAUGCGUCCAAGUCGAUUUAACAAUUUCGUAGUAGGCGAGACGAAGGGCAACAAGGGCAAGGGGUCCAAGGCCAAGCCCAAACGUCCGUCGCCAUCGCCAGCCAAGGCGCUGAAGGUGGAGCAGAUGGACGUGGUCCGGUUCGAUGCACUGCAGCGGCUGGACAGCAUGCUGGACAUGCCCAAGCCGCGAAAAGUAGAGAUUCUACUCUUGGAAAAUAUGGGCGAAGCAGAUGUCCUGAACACUUUCGACAAAUACCGCAGCGACUUUGACAAGCUGUUCAAGGAACGGGAGCUUAAGUCGCGCACUGUUAGUUAUAUGAACAUUUCUCACAUGGACAUCAUUGACAUACUUAGCAAGAGCAUUCACCAGAAGAUGCUGCAAAAACUGGGGGAAAUAUACAGCGGUAGAAGCAACCACACAGCACUGCUGGUAAACGGACUGCUGCCGCUGUGGAUAGUGCGCCUCUUCAUGGACAACUACAAGCUUUCGCAUUCGGAGGCAGUGCAGCAAAUCCGAGACCAAAUAAAGUACAGCUCAUAUUUGAAGGCCUUGAACGAUGACCCAUUGUGUUCCGACCUAGAUGACUGAACUAACCCUGUUAACAAUAUAGGAUAUGAGAUUGUUUCGCACUCAUACGAUUGAGCAAAUUUUAAGUAGCCGAUUGGGGCAAAUUAACAUUAAUUUCCAACUUUAAACUCAUUUGUCUUUCUUUAUUUUGAUUGGAAUCUGUUCAUUACAUUGUAUAAAUACAUAUUUCAUUUGCUUUCGAAAAUAGAAAACGCUUUAGCAACCGAA